AAAUCUUAGCCAAUAAUGGCCUGUAAUUUAAAACUUCUAUCAGAAUUAACAACAGGGCAUCAGGAUAAAGAUUUUCCAUCAAUCAGAAUUUCCAAAUGAACGAGUGUUCUCGAUUUCUCGAGAGCUGAGUCUGUAGAAUUCAGGCAAGAUAGCUAACAACCGCUGAUAUUGUCAACAGUUAAACACCGUGACAGAACUUUGACGACUGAUUAGCAGGGAGAGGAAAGAGAGAAAGAAAGAUAAAGGAAAAAAAAAAGCAUAUGCUUUCCUUAAGAAAUCUAGAUUUACGUUAAUUACCAUGAAUAACUCACAUGAAUUUACGAGCUGGGAACAUACCUUCACAGGUAUCUUAUAUGCUGUUUUUGGUGUAACGGCUUUCGCAACCAAUGGACUUGCAGCAAUUGUUUUGGCAAGGCAGAAUACACAACCUCGAAGGAAGUACAGCAUGUUGAUCUACUUCCUUCUGACAAGUGCUUUGGUCAAUAUUGGAUUUCCUCUGAAUUCAUCUUCAAGUAUUGCUGGAAGAUGGCUUUUUGGAAAUUUUGGCUGCCACUUCUAUGGAUUUAUUGGAUUUGUUGUUGGAAUUUCCCACAUAUGGAUGCUGUUUGCAUUUUGUAUUGAACGAUAUAUUGCUACUUGCCAUAGAGAAUUCUACAAAAGAAUGCCUUCCAUUUACUACACCUUGUUGAUUGCCGCUAUGUAUUCAGUUGGUACUUUCUGGGCUGUCAUGCCUCUUCUGGGAUGGGGCGAGUAUGGACUGGAGCCAACAGGAACCUCUUGUACCAUUUCUUAUAUCAAUGCCACUGACAGCUUCCAGUCUUUGAUCAUGUCAAUGGUUAUUGUUACCUACUCUUUCCCAAUUGUUGUAUCUUGCUAUGCUGUCUCCAAGGCAUGGACAGCACUUGGCAACAUGUCGGACAGCGAGAAGGAAAAGGACCGUGAUUUGUUAUCUGAAGAGCAGCUAACUGCUAUGGCAACCAUAUUUAUUCCUAUUGCACUUGUCUCGUGGUCUGGAUUUGCUUAUGUUUCCAUCUAUUCAGCAAUAACUGAUGGAGGAACCACUCUUUCUCAUUUGUCUGUUACCAUGGCCCCUCUCCUGUCCAAAUCUGGAGUCAUCCUGUACCCACUGAUCAUCUUGGUGGCUGGUAUCCGCAGCAUUCCUAAAGCAGAAUCCAAGAAGCCUUAAUUGAUUUGAGAAACCAUUGGCUCACUGCAUAUGGCGCAGCUGAGAGAGAAUGAAUGCAUAUUUGCAUAUUUACAUACAAAAACAGAUAUACGUAUAUAGAAACAUAUAAAUAUAAUUAUAGUCACAAACCAAGACACAUGGAAUUCACAGAAACCUACAUACGGACAUGAAAUUGUAUUCAUGAACACAAUACACGCAUAUAUGCUUAGAUACAGACACAGAUUUGUUUAUUAAAUGUAUAUGUGUUGAAGGAGUCUUUAAAAAAAAACAAUAUUAGAUUUAUUCCUAUGUUAAAUUAUGUCCUUUGGUAUCUUUUAAAUGUAAA